GUUCCAGUAAGGGAUGUUAAUUUCUCAUAUCUGAUUGGAAACAUGAGACAAAUUUUUCAUCACCUUUGAAACAGCUGAAGGUCUAAAAAGUAAACAGUUCCCACGAGCAGACGCUCCGGGUGCUAUUUCUGUUGAAUAAUUUCUUGAAAAGCAUGUGCAGCUCUAAUCUUUUUAAGAUUUCAUGAUAAAAAUUCCAAUUUCUGAGAAGUAAGAGGCCUGCUUAAGUUAUCUUGCACUUCAGUUAUUUCACUCCAAGUUCAUGAUUCUCUGAAUUUGAUCUUAAUGGGUCUAUUGGACAAGCUUGUGACCCUUUUUGGUUUACGCAAACAAGAAGUAAAAGUAUUGGUCGUGGGAUUGAACAACAGUGGCAAAACUACUGUUCUAAAUCAUUUCAAAGCUGAAGAUGACAAGUCUACAGAGAUCGUUCCUACAGUUGGCUUCAACAUCGAGAAAUUCAAAAACCAAAAUGUCGGCUUCACUGCGCUGGACAUGUCCGGUCAGGGCCGCUACCGCGACCUGUGGGAGUUCUACUACAAAGACUGCCAGGGCAUCAUCUUCGUGGUGGACUCGAGCGACCGGCUGAGGCUGGCCGUGGUGCGCCACGAGCUGGACCUGCUGCUGCAGCAUCCGGACGUGGCGGGGCGCGCGCUGCCCAUCCUCUUCCUGGCCAACAAGAUGGACCAGCGCGACGCCCUGUCGUCCGUCAAGAUCGCGGCCGGGCUGGGGCUGGACCGCAUCCUGGACAAGCCGUGGCACAUCUGCGCCUCCAACGCCGUGACGGGCGAGGGGCUGGAGGAGGGCGUCACGUGGUUCACCCAGCAGGUCCGCCAGGUCGGCCAGCCGGGCAACCGGCCCAGCCGAGGAGGGCCUCUGGCCGCCGCCAAGUAGAUAGUCACUCUGUCACUCAGUGGCGUGCGCACAAAUUUUGAAAGGGAGGGGUCAGGCCAUGCUUUUUGCCUACUUACAGGGGGAAAGUGACGCAAUUUGCCUACCUUCCUGGCGGCUUCUAGUGGCCAAUGGGGGGGGGGAGCAUGACCCCCCCCCUCCCGCGCACGCCACUGCUGUCACUCCGUCCGUUUUCUUUCUAUUUUUUUGAACUUUUUUAUUUUUAAUUUUUGACACAUUGUUUCACGUUCGACUUUAUUUUGUGUUUUUGAGUGCACAGACUGACGUUUCUUUUGCAAUUUUGAAUAAUAUGUUAUGUGAUAUUGUUCUCACAUUUGUCUGAAUACCAUUAGUAUAUUCUUGACGUUUCCAUCUUACUCUUUAUGCACCUCACUAUGUAAUUUGUGAUUGGACUAUUGAUCUCACAGACUCCGUCCUUUUAAAGAAACCUGUGGUGGUACUAUUUAUUUUCUAGUCCUUGUACCAAGAUGAUGUGAUACUUUUUCUAAAAAAAAAAUACUGUCAUGUAACUACACAUUUUUGUGUAAUAAAAUGUAUUUCAGAAGUGGAGUAACUGAAAGUUACUGAAUGUCCGAUCUGUUCCAAUUCUUCAUCAAUAGGACUGUUGACU